ACGUGGUGGCGACUUGUCCAGGGUGUACACCGCCUUCCACCCAUGUGCCAUACUUGCCAACCUUGAGACCUCCGAAUUUGGGAGAUGGGGGGGUAGCGGGGGUGCAUAUAUUUUAACGUCUGUGAAGAACAUCUUUUCCCUGAGCAGCAGGUGUAAACCUCCAGGAUGAAGCAGGAGAAACCACAGCCCAACCAUAUUAAGAAAGAAGAGGAGGAGCCACAUCAUACCCACAUUAAAGAGGAAGUUGAGGAGCUACAUCGCCCACACAUAAAGGAGGAAGAAGAGGAAUACAGUAUCAGUCAGAAUGUAGAGCAUCUUGAAGGAAUGGAGGUUGAUAUCUCCAACAUUCCAUUGAAUGUUGUCAUUGUGAAGAUUGAAGAGGAUGAGGUCAAAAGUGAAAGUGAGGAGAGAGAGGUGGAGCCUCCAAGCAGCAGCUCAACUCAACACAUGACAACAGAAGCUGAUGGAGACCACUGUGGAGGAUCACAACCGGACAAGCUCUUAGCUCCACUAUCAGAUAGUGAUGACAUGACGUCACACUCUUCUGACACUGAUGAUGACGACUCUGAAGCUGAUACAACAUGUCACACUGACAACACAUACUUUGAAUGUUCUCACUGUGGCAAAACUUUUAAUUACUGUUGUAAUCUGAAAACACACAUGAGAACACACACUGGUGAGAAACCUUUUUCCUGUGUAAGCUGUGGUAAAAGUUUUACACAAAAUCAUCAUUUGAAAACACACAUGAGAAUACACACUGGUGAAAAACCUUUUUCUUGUUCAUUAUGUGGUAAAGGUUUUACACAAAAUCAUAAUUUGAAGGCACACAUGAGAAUACAUGCUGGUAAAAAACCUUUUACUUGUUCAUUUUGUGGUAAAGGUUUUACACAUAAUCAUCAUUUGACAGGACACAUGAGAACACACGCUGGUGAAAACCUUUUUUCCUGUUCAAUCUGUGCUAAAGGUUUUACACAUAAUAUUGAUUUGGAAUCACACAUGACAACACACACUGGUGUACAACCUUUGUCCUGUUCAAUCUGUGCUAAAGGUUUUACACAAAAUAGCCAUUUGGAAACACACAUGAGAAAACACACCGGUGAAAAACUUUUUAGCUGUUCAAUCUGUGCUAAAGGUUUUACACAAAAUCAUCAUUUGCAAGCACACAUGACAAUACACACUGGUGAAAAACCUUUUUCCUGCUCAAUCUGUGCUAAAGGUUUUGUACGAAAAGAUACCUUGAAAAGACACAUGAGAUCACACACUAGUGAGGAAGUGUGAGUUGCAGUGUGUGUGAUGAAAGAUUCUCAUAAAAGUACCAGUGUAAGAAAUGUAACACAAUCUUGUUAGUGGGUUUCUACCAUUGGUAGAUUAGAUGUUACAGAACAAAUCAAAUAUAUUUUACGCACUUAUUUAUAUCGUUUUUUAAUUGAAGUAUUGCAUAUUUUCAUUUCUAAUUCAAAAUAAUUUCAUUGAUGAUGUCCUUUAUAUGAUAUACAUAUUUGUUUCACAUUGUUUCAUACUUUUGCUUUUGAGUGCACAUAAAUCCCUCUUAGUUCAUAUCUAUUGGUUCAUAUCUGAAACAUCUUCUGGAACACGUCUGGAAGCAUUUUAUUAUUUACUUUAUACAUAAUUUGAGCAGUCUUGUAUCCUCACUCCAUGUUUGACCCUUUUCCCAGUGCACCUUUACGGGGUGCAGCCCUUGUUGCGACCCAUGCAUGUUCCUGUUCUGUCUACUCUGUAUGAUGUAUGUCUGAUUUUGAACAGGUUUGUACUGAAAAUGUAAUUUAGUUGCACUUUUUAAGUGCAAUGACAAAGUACUAUUCCAUGUGUGACUUAUGAAUCAUUUGUCGAGUCUUGAUAAUCAAUUCUAUGAAUUAUCCUUAUUAUUCUAUGUGUUAUGACUAUUGGGUUUGUAAUUGUUUUAGAUGUAUGUCCCCAGGCUUUGAUGCAACAAGCAAUGUAUGCUUUAAGUAAAGUUGGGCAUGUUAUAUGUGGUAAAUAUUUGUGGAGUAUGUGUUUUGUUCUAUUUAAUAUUCAUACAAUAUGAAGCUGAGCUAUCUUGAUGGAGGCCAUUCUAAAACACAUGUUCAGAGCAGCAGCUUUAAGA